CGUCUUAUCUCUCUCGCUUGGCUCUCUCGGACACAACCUCUGUGUCUCUCCUCACCAUGGCCGUCGAGAAGAAGCAACCCUCCAGUCCAGCACCGCCUACAACUCCGCCCAGGGCGGCGGCGGCGCCGCCCCUGUCCCCAAGAAGACCAUCGAGGAGAUGUACCAGAAGAAGACGCAGCUGGAGCACAUCCUCCUGAGGCCCGACACCUAUAUCGGCUCUGUUGAGAAGCACACCCAGACCCUCUGGGUCUACGAGAACGGUGAGAUGGUCCACCGCCGGUGACCUACGUCCCGGGCCUCUACAAGAUCUUCGACGAGAUCCUCGUCAAUGCUGCUGACAACAAGCAGCGGGAUCCGUCGAUGGACUCCGUCUGUGUUAGUUUAAUCGAAGGGCAAUGCCAGCAGGUCAGCUAUGUGAAUGGGAUUGCCACUGUAAAAGGUGGAACUCGUGGAAUAUGUUACCAACCAAAUCACGAGCCAUGUCACAGCUCUCACAGGAGUUUCUUAAAAAGGAUCAGUGUUGUCCUACCUACUCUUUUUGAACUGACGAGAAAAAAAAACUACUGUUGAAACUGAAUAAGUAUAUCUAACUCUGUUCUUCUGCAGUGGCUAAAUCGGGAGUUGUAAAUAGCCUCCUCUCAUGGGCUGAUUUCAAGCAGAGUAAGGAAUUGAAGAAGACAGAUGGAACCAAGAGGCAGAGAAUUGUGGGCAUUCCUAAACUCUUGAGGAUGCUAAUGACGCUGGUGGAAGGAACUCUGAGAGGUGUACCUUGAUUUUGACAGAGGGAGAUUCAGCAAAAGCUCUUGCUAUGGUAUCUCUGUAGUAGGAAGGAACCACUAUGGUGUGUUCCCUCUGAGGGGUAAGCUACUGAUUGUGAGGGAAGCAAGCCACAAGCAGAUAAUGGAGAAUGCAGAAAUCCAGAACAUUAAGCAAAUUCUCGGUUUGCAGCAGGGGAAGGAGUACGAAAGCACCAAAGGUUUAAGGUAUGGACAUCUCAUGAUAAUGACCGAUCGGGAUCAUGAUGGUUCUCACAUCAAGGGCCUCCUGAUUAACUUCAUACAUUCAUUUUGGCCAUCACUGCUGAAAAUCCCAUCGUUCAUGGUUGAAUUCAUCACACCUAUAGUGAAGGCAACUCAUAACAGAAACAAGAAUGUCCUGUCAUUCUACUCCAUGCCUGAGUAUGAAGCAUGGAAAGAAAGUUUGGAAAGGAAUGCAAGUAGCUGGUCUAUUAAGUAUUAUAAGGGGUUGGGAACAAGCACAUCAAAAGAAGGAAAGGAAUAUUUCCAAGAUAUUCAUAAGCAUAAGAAAGAUUUUAUGUGGGUGGAUGAACAAGAUGGAGAUGCUUGAAUUGGCAUUCAGCAAGAAAAAGAUUGAGGGCUAGGAAACACUCGCUUCGCCAAUUUGAGGUAAAUGCCUUUUCGUUUUUUUUUUCUGUCAACAAAGUAAUCCUCGCCGCCUCCCGCGAUUGGUUUCUUCUGCUCGACGUCGCCCGCGGACGGAUGUCUUUUCUUGCUGAACCCCCUCAUCGGAGCCGAAAUCCAACUCCCUCCCGCCGAUCGUUUCCUCCACCGGAGCGGCUACGAAUUCUCUCCGGUCCAUUAGAAGUUUCUGAGGAUCGGGCAUGACAUGGACUCCACCUCGGAUCUCCUCCAUUAUCGGCGCAUUUUCCCAUGUGGCGCUUUCUUGUUUUCGAGCUCGAGCACAACCCCGACGGAUUUCAUAGUGGUGAUCGCCGGGUGCACUUACGACGGUCGUUUGGCCGUGUGUAAAUUGGGAGGAUGAAUCAUGGACUGUGUUGAUUACUGGUUUAUUCAGCUCGCCCCUCUCUAUGGCGCACCAUGAGGGGACCUUUAUUGGCUUGGCCGGCAAUGCUUCGGUUUGUGAAAUUACUUCUCUUUUGGACUAUGCACCGUUCGAUUUGCCAGAUAUUGACGACGAGGACCUUGACGAUCUAAUUUUCAUCACAACAUCUUCACAGCUGUUAUUGUUUGCCUGAUAUAAUAAUCUUGUCCAUGUUGAUUCUGAUGAUCACGAUGCGGAUUCUGAAUUUGAUUAAGUCACGCAUUAUAAGAUAUAUGAGUUCAUGCCGGAAAACCCUUCCGGAUGGUCUCAUGUCGAAAGCAUUUAUGAUAAUGCAGUAUUCGGAACAUUUGUACCAUACUUGAAAAACAAUGAAGUUCAAGUGUGGUAUAAAUGUUCCGAACACUGCAUUGUCAUGAAUGCUUUCAACUGGAGACCAUCCGGAAGGAUUUUCUGGCAUGAACUCAUAUAUCUUAAAAUGCGUGAUAUAAUCAAAUUCAGAAUCCGCAUCGUUAUCAUCAGAAUCAACACAGACAAGACUAUUAUAACAUGCAAACAAUAAUAGCUGUAAAGAUGUUGUGAUAAAAAUUAGAUCGUCAAGGUCCUCGUCGUCAAUAUCUGGCAAAUCGAACGGCGCACAGUCCAAAGGAGAAGUAAUUUCACAAACCGAAGCAUUGCCGGCCAAGCCAAUAGAGGUCCCCUCAUGCUUGGUCAUAAUUUGUAGGAUGUGAAUAUAUGAAGAAAAAGUUUGAACCAAGUUAUAAAUAUCCCACAUCAUGCUCGGUCAUGCCCUUAAGUAUCUUUAUUUUUUAUA